GAGCAGGCUGGCACAGAGAAGAGGACAUGCGGAAGGAGCUCCAGCUUUCCCUGUCAGUCACCUUGCUGCUUGUCUGUGGCUUCCUCUACCAGUUCACCCUGAAGUCCAGCUGCCUCUUCUGCUUGCCUUCUUUCAAGUCCCACCAGGGGCUGGAAGCCCUCCUGAGCGACAGACGUGGCAUUGUGUUUCUAGAGACCUCAGACAGAAUGGAGCCACCCCACUUGGUCUCCUGUUCUGUAGAGUCUGCUGCCAAGAUUUAUCCUGAGUGGCCUGUGGUAUUCUUUAUGAAGGGUCUUACUGAUUCCACACCGAUGCCCUCAAACUCCACAUACCCAGCUUUUUCCUUCCUCUCAGCAAUAGACAACGUUUUUCUCUUCCCUUUGGAUAUGAAAAGGCUGCUUGAAGACACACCAUUGUUUUCAUGGUACAAUCAAAUCAACGCCAGCGCAGAGAGAAACUGGCUCCACAUCAGCUCGGAUGCAUCCCGCCUGGCCAUCAUCUGGAAAUACGGUGGCAUCUACAUGGACACCGAUGUCAUCUCCAUCAGGCCCAUCCCUGAGGAGAACUUUUUGGCUGCGCAGGCUUCUCGGUACUCCAGUAAUGGAAUAUUUGGGUUCCUCCCCCACCACCCCUUUUUGUGGGAAUGCAUGGAAAACUUUGUUGAACACUAUAAUUCAGACAUUUGGGGCAACCAAGGCCCUGAGUUGAUGACAAGGAUGUUGAGGGUAUGGUGUAAACUUGAAGACUUCCAGGAGGUGAGUGACCUCAGGUGUCUGAACAUAUCCUUCUUACACCCCCAAAGAUUUUACCCCAUCUCCUAUCGAGAGUGGAGGCGCUACUAUGAAGUGUGGGAUACAGACCCAAGCUUCAAUGACUCUUACGCCCUGCAUUUGUGGAACCACAUGAACCAGGAGGGGCGGGCUGUGAUUAGAGGAAGCAACACACUGGUGGAAAAUCUCUAUCGCAAGCACUGUCCCAGGACUUACAGGGACCUGAUUAAAGGCCCAGAGGGGUCAGUGACUGGGGAGCUGGGUCCGGGUAACAAAUAGAGCUAACACUCGUUUGCUGCUGCUGCAGUGUGGAAAUGGACAUUUCCUGGAGUGCCACAUUUUCACUUGAUCUCCACUGUCUCUUGGGGGGGUGGGCAGAGGGUUGCCUCUCAAAUGUCAGUUAGGAUUAGCUUUCUCUGUCUAUAAUAGAACAAUCCCAAAUGAUACUGGCUAUAAAACAUACUCCCAUGGUCCAUGUGACUGCUUGACCUCCAACCCACCAUGUUUGCAUUUCAGGCAGUAGGAUGAAGAAAAGAGGAAAGGUGCACUUGCUUUAUUUUGUGAAGACUUCCUGCAAGUACUGUAUAACACUUUCUCUUACAUUGCACUGACUGAGAUGUAGCUGCAAGAGAGGCUGGGAAGUUUAAGGAGGAAGAAAAAAUGGGUACUGGGAUAGGCAGCUAACAGUUUUGCUACAAGUUCUAUUUAAUACAGUAAGAUUAAUUCCAGGACCUGUUAGAGCAUUGACUGAGGUAAAAAGAGACUUGAUUUCUAGUCCUGAUUUUGACAUUCAUUAAUGCAUUCAGUCAAUAAAUAUUAACUGAGCCUGAUCUAUGUGCCAAACAUUGAUUUAGAUGCUGCAGAUACAGCUGGAUCAAGCAGAUGAGGUCCUCAGCACUUAUAUCCUAAUCCCUGGCCUCAUGAUCCUGGGACAGUCUCCUCCCCUCCCCAGGGUGUCUGCUGUUCUCUGCCCUACCUUUUUCCAAUAUACAUAUUAACCCUGUCAUAAUUGGCCCAUAGAAGCAACUUACCAACUCAGACUAUUUAAAACUUCUGCCCUUUUUAGAUUCGCAUAAAAAUUUACCUCCUGCAUUUCAAAAUGUCAUGUUCAAAGCACCAUAAAUAUAUACAAUUUUUAUUUGUCAAUUACAAAUAAAUAAAUAAUUUAUUAUUUCUUUUCAGGAGGUAUGAGAAUUAAUAUUUCUUCGGCAAACACUUAUCAGCCAAGAUUUUCCAGAACUUUCCUUUUGAUAGUUUGCUUUAUGGAAAAAAGUUUAUAUUUGCCCCCAAAUGUAAAAUUAUGAUACCCUUUCAAACUAUAUCCAUCUAUCCUUCUUUUAUUCUAAUAUUUCCCCCUUUAGGAAUCACUGCUGGCCAGGCACAGUGGUUCACACCUGUAAUCCUGGCACUUUGGGAGGCUGAGGCAGGUGGAUUGCUUGAGCCCAGGAGUUCAAGACCAGCCUGGGCAAGAUGGUGAGACCCUGUCUCUACAGAAAAUACAAGAAUUAGCUGGGUGUGGUGAUGCGUGCCUGUAGUCCAAGCUGGCUGGGAGACUGAGUUAGGAGGAUCACCUGAACAUGGGAGGUUGAGGGUAUAGUGAGCCAAGAUUGUGGCACUGCACUCAGUCUGGGUGACAAAGCCAGAUCAAAAAAAAAAAAAAAAAAAUCACUGCUUUGACAAUCUUAUUAAAAAAUAUUUACAAGUC